CACCCGCUCAAACGCAAAGAGUGAAAUUCUUUUUCCCCAAAUCGAAACGCGCCUCCUCGCCAUGGUCGCCGCCGGCGACGGCGAGGCGACCCCUCCACCAGAUGGACCUCCCUCCCGCGUUUCGGUUUCCUCGGCCUCGUCCGCGUCUCGGCGCCGGUGCGCCCUCGCGAGCCGAUUCCGCGAGCCGGCGAGCCCGCGGCGGCACGCGUGGGUUUCGCUACAGGGCCGCCUCGUCGGCGCCGAGGAGGCGACGUCCGCCGCCUCGGCCGCGCCGGGGCUCCAUCCGGAUGAGGCGGUGGCUUGGGAGUUCUUCAGCCCGCUCCACCGCGUGCUCCUGGUCGCGACCGUCGCGGCUGCCUCCUCCCGCUCCCACGCGGCCCGCCGCAUCGAGCAACUCCAGCGAUCGAUUCAUAUUAGGGACGAGGUACUUCAAAGCAUGCAGCAGAAGCUUGAUGAUCUGUUUGACGAGAUGAACUCCCUACAACAGCAGUAUGUCAAGUGCAACACUUUCAUUUCCUCGGAACUGGAAAAAUCUGAGUUGGUGGGAAGCAAGAAGCUAGGAGAAGAGGAUGGAACUAGAUGCUGUGCGUGCACAAGGCCAGAGAUUUUGACCACUCCUCAAAAGACAAAGGAUAUUGAUGGAGUGGAUGAUCCAAAAUGUGAUGUAGUUGAUAGGUCCAGCGUAAGUCAUAUGGAUCAUGACGAGCGCCGUAUGUCAGACCUCUCUGACUUUUGUUGGAGUGUUGUUUCGUCAGUGGAUAACCAUGCAAAUGGCGACAAUCAGCUAAGUUCCCUUGCGGCAGAACAAGAAUUGUAUAACCUUCAGAAGGAAUGUGAAGAGAAGGAUGCGAUCAUAAAGGAAAUGGCUGCAACUGCACAUGCAUCCAGCACUAUUGAUGCCAAGAGAAUAGCAGAGUUGCAAGACAUUCUUAAAAGGAAAAACAUGGUGAUAUCUAAACUGAAGAAAGACAUGUCAGCUUUAAAGCAGAUGGUUGUUGAAUUAACAAGGGCUAAAAGAACAUCUUCUGUCAAUUUAAAUCCUAGCUGCUCUGAACUACCAGUGAUGUCAAAUAACGUUCUUUAUGAUAUGAGCAGCAGUAGCCCAUCAUCAUCGGAUUCUGAGUCUCCUGUAGCACCGACAGAAUACCUUGACGAACAUGUUAUGGUUGAUGGCAUUGUUGAACACAGUGAAUCCAAAGGAAGUUCUAGAGUCUCAAUGGAAAAGACGUAUUUUCCAACUAAAAUUUCAUCCGCUUGCAAGCUGCGCUCGACUAGUCCAUUAAAAGAGAAUCGUAUAAAUCCAAAUGUUGAAACAAGUUCGGUUGGUAGACAGAAGAAACGUAUCUCCUCCAAUGGAGAUUUUAAAAAGAUUAGACGGCAAAGCCAGCAAGACUCAAGGAACAAAGUUACAAGGAGAUGGACGUAGAGUUUAGAUUGCAAGAUAUCCCCAAUUGCAGAGCAGGAAGAGACGAAAUUGGUAGCUUCAUGUCGAUCUGGAUGGAUGAUCUGUCAGAGUGAUGCGUCCUGGCUCCUGCUGUUUCUGUAAACAAAAAAUGUCGAUGCAAGUUGCUACAUACUUUAUUUAUGUCUAUGAUGAAACCGACCAAUUGAAGCUGUUCAUCUUCGUCAUUGGUAUCUACUCCGAUGUAUAAUAUUCCAUUUGGAUCUGAGCAGUCAGCGUCUCUCUUCUCUUGAAUCUAUCGCUCUUAUUUUAUUAGUGGCUUAAUUUAUCAGAUGGAAUCCAGCAGUUCAUACCUACGCAGCUUCCUAUAUAAUUCGUUUAUGAGGCAUACAAUAAAGUUCUUCAUGCGAGGUGCCAGGUGUAAGUUAUACUCCUGGAUUCUGUACAUUUGACGCCCCAGAUUCCCUCAUUCCAUUAGACAGUACUGUCAUCGUAUUCACAUUAAGAUAUGCCACACU